AUGGGCUCUGCAUGCUCUUGUUGUAAAAAGGCAGAGAAACAGUCACUACAUCCAUUAGAACAAAGCGGAACUCUAUCAUAUAUUGAAUCUGAAAUAUCGGAAAGGCCAACCAAAGGUGAACCGGAUAGAAGAAAAACCCCACUUAUUCGACGUAAACCUGAUAAUCAAUCGAUCCGAACCAAAAGUCCGCCAAUUUUACCUGAAAAGCAUGAUUUCCAACGGUUUACCAAACACGCUUUUAGUUCAUUUGAUCCUUUAAAACUUGUUGAUGGUUACCUUAAUGAACCGCUUGUCACUCUCGAAGAAGCCCUUCAGCCAUUCCGUGAUCAUAUUGACCGAUUAUCUUACAAUAUAAAAGAAGCUAAAACAAAAUGUUACUAUCCAACACAACAUAAUCUUACUCGCGACGAAUCUGCUGCCAUCUAUAUUUACACAAUGAAAUGGGGUUCCUAUUGUGUCUAUGAUCAUUUGCAAGCAGCUUGGAGCUCUGAAAAUCGAUCUCAAAUGAAACCAUGGUUCAAAUAUUUGAAAUUAUUGAAAAGUGCAUUAAACAAAUUGCCCGACUCAAACGAAGAAGUUUGGCAAGGAAUACCUCAUAAUGAAAUGGUUAUAGAGAAUAUAAAGUCAAAUUCAUCACGCCUCUAUUCUUGUUUGGGCUCCUGUUUAUCAGAUCCCAACCAAAUUAAACUCUAUCUUCAGAAAAAUCUUAAUCAGAAGAUAAUUCUUAUUGCUUAUACAAAUGGAAAAGCAAAAUUGAUCAGGGAUUAUACUGCAAGUUCGUUGAACGAAUAUAUUUUAGAGCCUGGUGUGAAACUGGGCAUAUCACAAUUGAAAGACUAUCUUCUACAGUCUGAUAUGAAACCAAGUGAAUCAGCGUUCAAUGAACAUAUUCUACAGUCAAGUAUGAAACUGGGCAAAUCGAACUUCAAUGAAGUUUAUGAUCUUAACACAAUGACUAUCCAUUUGGUAGCACGACAAAGUAAGUUGGCAUUGACUAUAAUUCUAUUUUCUUCUCUAUGUUUGUCAUUACAUAAUUUACUGAAUGAAAAUGCUACCGAUUAA